AUGGACUCAACGGAAGACUUACACUUCUUAUUAACAGCGCAACGCCGCGAACUCACGGCGGCGGAAUCCAUGGAAUCCGAUCUCGACUUCGCCUUCCAUCUCCAGCUACAGGAAGCCCUCGCCGCUUCCCUCACCGAUCAUCCCUCCUCCUCCAUGGACGCUAUGCUCGUAGAACCUCCCCUCGACGAUGGCGACGUUUUCAAAGCACCGUCUCUGCAAUUGGAAGAGCUCGCUAGAAUGGAAAUCGAGAUGAACGAUAGAGAACAGAGCGAGAGAGUAAUGCGCGAGGCGAAGGUUGAUCUCAACCGUCUGAUUCAUGAUCAGAAAAUGGCGUCGGAGAUUUUUAACUUUCCGGAAGAGGAUUGGGAUGAAUGGGGCGAUAAUUUCGAGAAACCGUUCGGCGAGGGGAGUUCGAGUUCGUCGGGGUUGAAGAGUGGUGGUAUCGAUGAAGGUGCGGUUGUUAGGGUUUAUUUUAAGGGUUUAGUGCGUGAAGAGACUGUGAGAGUUUCGAAAUCUUUGGUUGGGAAUGGAACUAGUAAAAUUGCUGCGGAGCUUAAGGCUUUGAUUGAAGCUUUCAAUGCUGUUAUUGCUUUGGAUUUGAAGCGUGUUGUUUAUUUUGGGGAUUACCAUCCACUUUUCCAAUUUUUAAGUGGAAAAUGGCCUGCAAGACAGCGGAAGAUUGCUACGUUAGUUAAUCAGGUGAAUCUACUCCAAAGAAAAUUUGAAUACUGCAGUCCAAGGCUUGUGGCGAGAAAUGAUCUGAAGUUUGCAUUAAAGCUCGCAAGAGAUGCAAUUGAUUCUCAGUCCAAUAGGCCUGCUGAAUCUAGCAGUUUAAACAGUCUGAAUGAAACUUGUGUCAUUUGUAUGGAGGAUACUGAUCCUAGUCAAAUUUUUUCAGUUGAUGACUGUCAACACAGGUAUUGCUUUUCUUGCAUGAAGCAAUAUGUGGAGGUGAAGUUGCUUCAUGGAAUGGUGCCAAAGUGCCCUCACGAUGGAUGCAAGAAUGAACUUCUAAUUGAGAGUUGCCGGAAAUUCUUGACUUCUAAGUUAGUUGAAACCAUGCAGCAACGAAAAUUGGAAGCUUCAAUUCCGCCUACUGAGAAAAUCUACUGUCCUUAUCCAAGAUGCUCUGCAUUAAUGUCAAAAAGUGAAGUUUUAGAUUACUCUCAAAGUCUUAUGGGCUCUGAACAUUCAUUACCCAAGAAAUGCGUGAAAUGUCAUGGUCUUUUCUGUUUCGGCUGCAAGGUCCCUUGGCAUAGUGGUAUGACAUGUUAUACUUACAAAAGGUUGAAUCCUAAUUCUCCAGCAGAAGAUAUUAGGUUGAAGUCUCUGGCAUCAAGGAGUCUCUGGAGACAGUGUGUGAAGUGUAGCCAUAUGAUUGAACUUGCUGAAGGCUGCUACCAUAUGACUUGCAGAUGUAGUUACGAAUUUUGCUAUAAAUGUGGAGCUGAGUGGAAGGACAAAAAGGCAACAUGUUCUUGUCCACUUUGGGAAGAGGAAAAUAUUUGGUUAGAAGAUCAUCAUGUCGAGGAAUAUGAAGAAGACUCUGAUUUUGAAGAUGAUUUUUAUUAG